UUAUAGGUUCUCAGGAGGUUGGCGGGAAAUGUAGCACAAAGAUUGCAAAAAUCACCAAGGCUGUGGUUGAGAUGGCAAACACCUUGAACCUGAGAAUGGAUGAGGAUGACACUGAGGAGCUCCUAGAGGUGGUUCCUGAGGAAUUGACAAAUGAGGAGUUCUUAGAGCUGGAACAGGAAUGCAUAGCUGAAGAAGAGGGAAGGCGGCGGCUGCGGCGCGGAGAGCAAUUUGGGGCGCAAAAGGAAGCUGGCUGGAGCGCAGGUGGCGCUCGCAGCCCCAGCCCACCGUUUAGCCAAUCGCCGGCGCAAGCGCAGCCUGGCGGCGGCGGCGGUAACCGAGCGCGGGGCUCUCUGGCUGGAGCCUCAGGAGGCAAAGGCGGCGCCAACAGCGAUCCGCGCACAGGCUGGAGUGAGACCCCGGCGGCGAGAGGAGCGAGAGAGAGCGGGGGUUGCCCGGGCAAGAGAGGCGAACUUAGCAUGGGGAAGAAGUGGAGGGAUGCGGCGGAAGUGGAGCGGGGCUGCUCCGACCGCGAGGACGGCGCGGAGAGCCGCAGGCGCAGCCGGAGCGCCAGCCGGGGCAGGUUUGCCGAGUCGUGGAAAAGGUUAAGUUCCAAGCAGGGGUCCACCAAGCGUUCGGGGCUCCCGUCGCAGCAGACGCCGGUGCUCCAGCCAGGGAACUUGUGGAACCGGUUCUAAGAAAAGAAAGUGGGAGCUGUGAGGAAGGGGAAGAAGGAAUGACUUCCCUUUCUUCAGUCGUGGAGAGUCUCCUGACGUCUCUGGUGUGUCUGCAAAAAUGGAAAACAUGUUCGAGAGGCGAGGGGCUCACUGUCAGAUCGUUAGAGUUUUGCAAUUAACAGAGCGUGUGAGACGUCGAGUGUAUUGUUGUGACUCAUGUAUACGUCCUGGGGUUCUGCCCGUGCAGCACGUUCGGAGGGACUCUGCAUCCGUUGAAUUAGGGCGGAAUAGGAAGAGCAUGCCAGAUUUUUACUCUUUUAAUAGUUGCUCUUUUCCAUCUCACACCCCCACUAUGUUAAUUGGGUGCGUUUUAUUGUUUGCAGAAUAUCAUUUGCAUGCAGAGAAUGGCGAAAAUAUCCCAGGUGCUUAUAAUCCCACUGUUAACAUAUACAGCGUUCAGAAAACAGUUUUCCCAUGUGUCAGCUCCUCCUCAGUGUCUAAUUAGGGUAAUAGAAGCCCUCAAUUGAAAACGAUAUAGGUAUCGUAUGUGUGUAGAGAAGUACAGUUGAUAAAAACUUUAGCUGCAUUUGCAUUUUUAUUAUCUAAAUAUUAUCUGUUUUCCUUCAGCCUAGAGGGAGAGAACUCUGUUCUAGAAGAGAGUGCAGAGCCCUCCUGUUGCUCAUAGGGAAGAAGGAUACACUACUUUUAACUUCCAAAACAUCAUUAAGGACAUCAGCGUGUGUGUGUGUGUGUGUGUGUGUGUGUGUGUGUGUGUGUGUGUGUGUGUGUAUGUUUUACACCCAGAGGAGUUGACAGCAGAUAUUGCAUGGUGAAGAGAAACUGAAAUGAUUAAAAGAAAGGAUAGUACAUAAGCACUGUAUUUCAUAGCAUGAAUAAUGUUACCCUGCUCUGUUUUCGAGGGGUUGCCAUUGAAGGAUAAGAAUUAAUCCCUGAAAAACAGGAUGUUUAAAACAUUACUUCAACAGCAUGAAAUAGAAACACAUUAAAAUUUAUGGUGUGUUUAUAUUGUUUGCUUGUUCACAAAAACUAAUAGCAAAAAAUGUUAUUAAAUUUGAAAUAUUUUUCUGUAAUAGUAUGUUUUGUGGAUAAGUUUUUGGUUUAAUUAUGGAUAUAGUACACUUAAAAUGCAAUAAAUUUUAUUUCAGACAUUGAAAUAUUAUUUGUUUAGAAAUGUAGACUUGAAAAUAUUUGAAAAGGAUAUGAUUAUUCUAAAGAUAAGUUUUUUCCUAAAAUAAAUUAUGUAGAAUAUAUAAAAUUGAUGACUUCUGGUUUCUAUCAAUUAUGUGAACUAAGAAUUAAUUUUAUCCCCUUUUUAAUAGAAAGUCUAAGUAUUAUUCUCAGUAACUUCUUAUGCUGCUUCUUUGAUUCUGUUCAACAGGUGUGUGCAGAGUCUAUAUCAGAAAAACAUAAAAUCUUCAUAUAACUACAAGUUAGGUUAAAUAAAUAAUUGCAGUUUUGUUACCUGGAAUAAAAAUGUGUGUGUGUGUGUGAGAGGGCAUAACAGGAUACCAUGACAACCAGAAGACAUCUGAAAAAGGAACUGUGUCCUCCUGUUUACUAAGGGUGAUGAUGGUGCUAUAUUUCUCUGUAGUACUUGUUAAUUGAAACAUUAGUAAUUCAGUUGAAACCAGUAUGGAAAGGCCUGAGCUUAUUCUCAUAUUACAUGGCAAGUUUGAUAUUGACUUUGUUCUAAAAAUCUAAUAAGGGCUGCAAGCCAUGAUUUUAAUUGUCAGAUUUUUAUAAGCAAAGAUAAUGAGUUUUUAAACCAAGAUUUGAUUCCAUGAAUUGUUAACACUUUCAUUUGUAAGAGAGACACCCAACCGAUUUAUGCAAACAGAAGAGAGGGAGUAAUAAUGCUUGCAGCAGAUAUACUUAUAAAAGUUCUUAAUCUUCAAGGUAAGAUUAUUUUUCUCCCUCUUAAGGUGGGCUGGUGCUAUUUUCAACUUAUUGUGUUUCAUGUGAAAAUAGCUUAAACUAUAGAGAUUAGGAAGUAAUUAAAGCACCUAGUAUGACUAAUGCUGCUUUUUAUUUUGUCUUCUGAAUAAAUAAGAUAUUCUGUGAUAUGGCUUUGGCUCUUAUUCAUGUUGGACUCAGAAAUUUUGUGGCAUUCAUCCUUAUAAAAAUCAUUUGAGGAUUUCACUG